AUGGCCGGUACCACCUCCGUUCCCACCCAGAACCAGGUCCUCGUUCCCGAGACCCUUCUGAAGAAGCGCAAGUCCCAGGAGGCUGCCCGUGCUGAGAGCCGUGCUGCCGCUGAGGCCACCAAGAAGGCCAACAAGGAGAAGCGUGGUGUCAUCUUCAAGCGUGCCGAGUCCUACGUCCAGGAGUACCGCAACGCUGAGCGCGAGAAGGUCCGCCUCAACCGUGUUGCCCGCCAGGAGGGUAACUUCUACGUUGAGGAUGAGCCCAAGCUGGUCUUCGUCGUCCGCAUCAAGGGUAUCAACAAGAUCGCCCCCAAGCCCCGCAAGAUCCUCCAGCUCCUGCGUCUCCUCCAGAUCAACUCUGGUACCUUCAUCCGUCUCACCAAGGCUACCCAGGAGAUGUUGACCAUCGUCAACCCCUACAUUGCCUACGGUUACCCCAACCUGAAGUCCGUCCGUGAGCUUCUCUACAAGCGCGGUUACGGAAAGGUCGACAAGCAGCGCACUCCCUUGACCGACAACCAGAUCAUCGAGGAGCACCUCGGCAAGUUCGGCAUUGUCUGCAUGGAGGAUCUCAUCCACGAGAUCUACACCGUUGGCCCCAACUUCAAGCAGGCCAACAACUUCCUGUGGCCCUUCAAGCUCUCCAACCCCAACGGUGGCUUCCGCACCCGCAAGUUCAAGCACUACAUUGAGGGUGGUGACACCGGUAACCGUGAGGAGAACAUCAACGGUCUCAUCCGCCAGAUGAACUAG